CCGACACAACAAAUCCACGAAAACAACAUCCUCGCCGUACUUACAUACAAGCCGGAGACCGAAUCGUACUCCAUUGUACAUGCAGACAUACGUACUUUUACAAAUCUCUCGCUUAACUCGCCACGGCGAUUCUGAAACCCUCUGGGAGUUUCCAGUCUUCGAUUCCGGAUCCCCGCCUCCCCGCUCCCCGCUCUCGUCGCGCUCAUUAUCUAUCGCUGGGACAUUUUGGCCGAAGCAACCGGCUUGUUCGUCUGUCUAAUAACUAGUCUGGGUUUUCCGGUUUUUUUUCUGCUUUAGGCUCUGAUUGCUGGUGGGUGUGUGAAACGCCCACUCAUCCACCGAGCUACCUCCGGGCCUCCCUGCCACCCCUCCCCUCCUCCCCUCCUCCUCCACUUCUUGUUUUUUCUUGUCCCGCCUCUGGCCGGCCAUGUUCGGCCUGUUGCUCUCGGGUCGAUUGGUGGACACCAACUUCCGCCAAGUGGAUCCCACCCACGUGGUCAUCGACAUGGCCAAUGUGGACAACGUCAACCACAUCGUGGUGUUCCUCACUGGCCAGCAGCCUUUCCCCGAGGCUAUGGGCGGGGGCGUGUACUUCGCCUGGCCCGACCCCCAAUCCAGCGCGCCCGUCUGGCAAUACCUGGGCCACCUCAGCAACGCCAAGCCCUCGGCCAUUUUCAAGGUGGGCAAGUUCAAAAGCCAGAUGCGGGACAACCACGACCUGAUCGCCCGCUUCGGAGGCCAACAGCUCAAUGGCGGCUCCGUGGCCCAACUGGGGAUAUCGGUCGAGCCCCUGGUCCAGUUGUCCGGCAUGACCCCCGAGGCUCAAGCUGAGGCCACCAAUCUACCCACCUUCGUCGAGUUCUCACAAAAGAUGGUGGAAAACCUCUUCAACUACACGUCCAGUUUCGCAGUGAGCCCCAGUGAAAUCCCGCGAGUCAAAUCCAGUGAGACCUUUGUGCCCUAUUCAUCCCUCCAACAAUGGUACGCCAACUUUGAGCGAAGGUUACAACAGAAUCCCUACUUUUGGCGGAGUUAAUCAUCACC